AUGCCUCCCCACCCGCGUCGGCUGCCGUUGCGGUGGCCGGCUUCCGCUCCCGCCGCGGCCGCCUCCCGCUCGUCCGGCUCUCCGCCACCACCGGGUCCGCACCCGCAGCUCCCACGCCGGCUGGUCGGCUGGCCGGCUCCGGCCGCCUGCAGGCCCGGACGCCUCUACCGCGCGCCUCGCGCCUCCGCCUCCGGCCAGGCACCGCUCGGGGUUGGCUCCCGUUCCGCACGCCUCGCUCCGCACCUGAGCGCCCGAGUGCGCCGGCUCCGCCUCGCCCGCCCGCCGGCUCCCGCGGGCCGGCUCCGCCUCCCGACCCCGCGCCCCGGCAUCUCCGCCUUCGCCCGUGCCUGGCCGCCUCCCGCCGCGCCUGCCGGCCUCCGCUCCGCUCGGCCUCGCCUGCGCGCCGGGCUCCUCCCGUCCGGUGGCCGGCUUCCCGUGCCUCGCCGCUCCGGCCGGGUGCUCCGCGCCCGUAGCCGGCUCCGCCUCGCCCGCCCGCCGGCUCCCGCGGGCCGGCUCCGCCUCCCGACCCCGCGCCCCGGCAUCUCCGCCUUCGCCCGUGCCUGGCCGCCUCCCGCCGCGCCUGCCGGCCUCCGCUCCGCUCGGCCUCGCCUGCGCGCCGGGCUCCUCCCGUCCGGUGGCCGGCUUCCCGUGCCUCGCCGCUCCGGCCGGGUGCUCCGCGCCCGUAGCCGGCUCCGCCUCGCCCGCCCGCCGGCUCCCGCGGGCCGGCUCCGCCUCCCGACCCCGCGCCCCGGCAUCUCCGCCUUCGCCCGUGCCUGGCCGCCUCCCGCCGCGCCUGCCGGCCUCCGCUCCGCUCGGCCUCGCCUGCGCGUCGGGAUUCUCCCGUCCGGUGGCCGGCUUUCCGUGCCUCGCCGCUCCGGCCGGGUGCUCCGCGCCCGUAGCCGGCUCCGCCUCCCGACCCCGCGCUGGCCGGCCUCGCUUGCCUUGAGGCCGCCUCGCCGCUGGCCGGCCUCGCUGCCCCAUGGGCCGGUUCCGCCUGUUCCCCGCGGGUCGGCCCCUCCAGGCCUCCUCCUCCACCUCGCGCCGCAGCGCCAGCUCCCGGCCGCUGCUCCGCCCCUUGCCGGCUUCAGCUCCCGCGCCCCGCCAGCUCCGCCCGCCGGGAUGCCGCCACGCGCCGACUGCUCCGCCUCUCACCGCGCCCAAGCCGGUUGUAUACCGCGAGUUCCCCUGGCCGGCUGGAGAGAAGGAAAAGAUAGAAAGAAAAAGAAGUGUGAGGCCGGCUGGAAAAACAAAAGUCAAGCCGGCUGA